CCCUGGGAUUGAAUCUUCUGACGCCGACACAGCUCAACUGCGCCUUCACGCACUCUUCGUCUCCUUUCGUGAUGAUUACAUUACCCGCCCUCUUGAUUGCUCUCUGCCUUUCCGUUUGCCCUGCCUCCGCCACAACCCUCCCGCCGCGCGUCGCUGCCGUUAGCCCCGUCGUCAAAGGCACUCCCCAAGUCCUCGGCGUGGUCAACGACCCUACGUUGAACCGGGACUCGUGCGGAUCGGCACUGAUUGGCGGCAGAGUCCUGUGGACAUGCCGCGAUACACAGAUCACCGAUGCAAGUGGCGUCCACGCCUUCCCCGUCAUUAGCAGCACCUCCAGCUGGACCGACCUCGACGCAUGGGGGCACCCCGCGCUCAACGACGGCACGUUACCCAUGUACGGGAACAACAAUUUGCAGAAAACGUUCUACCCGCUGCUGCCAGACGAAUGCGGCGACAACGUGAUGGGCUCUUGCGACAGCUCGAACACCACGCGCUACGCCAUCUGGCCGGACUCCCCGCCGCUCGUCACCGACACCGCCGCGGACGGCACAGUCACGGCGUACACCUGGAUCCGCAAGGACCAUAUCAAGAACGACCUGUCGGACCUGACUCCCGACUGCGCCACGACGCUCUACAAAGUCGUGUACUCUCCCUCGGCAGCGCACGACGCGCUGCCGACCGUCACCGUCGUUGACGAAAACUUCUGGACCGCCGACGAGCAGCUCCCGUACGGCGCGUACGGCGGCUUCGUCGCCAACGGCACGGCGUACAUCUACGGCAAAGGCUAUGGCCCACAGAGCACGGGCACCAUCGGGCUCGCCAAGGUGUCCGUGGGCAGCAUCGAGGACAAGAGCGCGUACCAGUUCUACCAGAACGACAGCUGGACAGCGACGCCGCCGAGCGUCAACGCGAGCCUGAGCGGAGUCAACAUCCCGAACGUGUCCGCCGGCGGGCAGGGCACGUACUACUACUCCCCUCCCUGGGGCAGCUACGUGUGGAUCGGGCAGCAGAAUCUCAGCGUGUCAGCUGACUUCUUCAUCACGACGAGCCCGGACCCCGAGGGCCCUUGGGCGCAGCCGAUCAAGUUCUACUCAGGCGUGAAUGGGAACGCGACACUGCCCGCGUACACGAUACAGGCGCACACUUCGCUUGGCGGGUUUGAGAAUGGAGCGAACGACGUAUAUCUCACGUACACGCACUGCGACCUGGUUGGCGAGAAUGUCGUGUCGAUAUUCUAG